GUUCCCACUGUAACAGCAUGCAGGUUGAGAGGUCGAAGGGGAGAGGUUUCAUUGGGAUAUGACAGCCAGUAACUGCUGAGACCGUGCGUCUAUAUGUUGGCGUGUAAUGGGAGGCAUAUGCGUUAGCAUUUUGUAAAAUUUGGAACCGAAGGAAUAGAGCAAUUGCUCACCAGUUCAACCACGAGGACAACAUCAACUACAACAACAACAGCAUCAUUUGGAGAACUCUGAAAUUUGUCCAGGUCCCUGGAUGCUCCGCGGCGAACUGUCCUCGGCCGCCCAGUUCUUCCCAAUGGCCGGGAGUUGACCAAGCCCACCAAGAUGACGCUGCGCGAGCAGCUGAGAGAGAAGAUUUCGGCGGCCUUCUACCGCCACGGGCUGCUGUGUGCCUCCUAUCCAGUACCCAUCAUCCUCUUCACCUCGGCCAGCAUCCUCACCUGCUGCUAUCCGUUAUUGAGGCUCCCCCUGCCUGGGACGGGUCCUGUGGAGUUCACCACAGGGCUGCGAGACUACAGCGUUCCUUUCCAUGAGCCUCAGGGUGACUUUGGAGAGCGCCCUGAUUGGUACCGGGGUCCUCCGGUCGCCUACAUCCAGCAGGUGUUGGUAAAGGCAGCAGUGUCUCCAUGGGACAACAGCCUGGUGCCGGUGGAUGUCUUUCGGUCGCCUCUUGGCCGAGUCUUCAAUCUGCUGGAAGAGAUCCGCAACCACGUUCACUCCGACAGCUCCGGCAUUCGCAGUCUGGAGUCUUUGUGUCUCCAGGUGACAGACCUGUUUCCAGGGUUACGGCGGAUGCAGUCGGUGCUGCCAGAGCAUGGCUGCCUUCUUGUUUCUCCUGGCAACUACUGGCAGAACCAACGGGAGCUGUUUGACUCGGACCCUGACCCCUUCAAGACCAUCCAGAAACAUGAACCGAAAGGCUUGCACACCUCAGCGACAUUGCGAGACUUGCUGUUCGGGGUUCCUGUGAAGUACUCGGGGGUCAGUCACUACAACAGGAAGAGGGUGGUGACGUACACAAUCACUGUAGUUCUAUCCAGUUAUGAUGCAAGGUUCCUAGGCAGCCUACGGGCCCGCCUGAAGCAGCUUCACCCAUCCGCCAACUGCACCCUCAGAGAUGACCACAUGGUUCACGUCCACUUCAAAGAGGAGAUCGGCAUUGCUGAACUCAUCCCCCUCGUCACCACAUACAUCAUUCUGUUUGCCUACAUCUACUUCUCUACACGUAAGAUCGACAUGGUGAAAUCUAAGUGGGGCCUGGCUCUGGCUGCUGUGGUCACAGUGCUCAGCUCUCUGCUCAUGUCUGUGGGUCUGUGUACACUGUUUGGACUGACACCCACACUUAAUGGAGGUGAGAUCUUCCCUUAUCUGGUGGUGGUAAUCGGGCUGGAGAAUGUCUUGGUGCUCACCAAGUCUGUGGUUUCCACCCCUGUCGACCUCGAGGUCAAACUGCGCAUAGCUCAAGGCCUUAGUAAUGAGAGCUGGUCUAUCAUGAAGAAUAUGGCCACUGAGCUGUGCAUUAUCCUCAUCGGAUAUUUCACUCUUGUGCCAGCUAUCCAGGAAUUCUGUUUAUUUGCUGUUGUGGGGCUGGUGUCUGACUUCUUCCUGCAGAUGUUUUUCUUCACCACUGUACUAUCUAUAGACAUUCGCCGCAUGGAGCUGGCUGACCUGAACCGCCGCCUGCCAGCUGAAGCAGGUAUGCCUCCACCCAAGCCAGGCCCCCUGCGUACACGUGAGGUACCCCCUCCACCACGACCCUCUCCGCAUACAAUCACUCUGCAGACCCCAGCCUUUAGAAACUUGAGGCUCCCCAAGAGGCUGCGUGUGGUGUACUUCCUGGCUCGCACACGCCUGGCUCAGCGCAUCAUCAUGGCUGGCACAGUUAUCUGGAUCGGUAUCCUUGUAUAUACCGACCCAGCUGGAAUCCGCACCUACUUGGCUGCACAGGUGUCUGAACAAAGCCCCUUAGGCGACCCCGGAGGAGGUGGUCUGCCCCCACACCUGGGAGUGGCCCCAGUUUUUCGAGGUGGGGAUCCUACCAGCACCUUGAGCAUCCAUCGUGCACCAGAUCCAACUCCUUUACCUGAGAACCAAUCGCAGGGACAUCAUGACCCUCCAAGGGCGGGGCCCAUUCCACAGUCCCCACCCGCUGUACCUCAGAUCACCUGGGGGGAGGAGGAUGAGGAGGGAUGGAGGAGACUGUCCUUCAGGCACUGGCCAUCACUCUUCAGUUACUACAACAUCACUUUAGCAAAAAGGUACAUUAGCAUCUUACCUGUCAUCCCAAUCACUGUUCAUCUGACACCCCAGGAGGCCAUUGACGCACGUCACCCUCAGGACACGAGACAUCCUCAACCGCCCAUUCCCAAGAUUUCUGCUGACUUACAGACAGACCUCACCCUCUACAAGGUGGCAGCUCUGGGCCUGGCUGCAGGUGUCUUGCUGGUUCUGCUGCUCUUCUGUCUGUAUCGCGUUCUCUGCCCACGGAACUACGGUCAGAAUGGUGUCCCUCACGGGCGGCGGCGGCGAGGGGACCUGCCCUGUGACGAUUACGGCUAUUCACCACCUGUCAGCGAGAUCUCACCACUGCUGCUGAGGGGCCACAGUAUGGAUAUCGAGUGUUUGGCUAGCGAUGGGAUGCUGUUAGCUAGCUGCUGCCUGGCUGGACAGAUCCGGGUUUGGGACGCACAGACUGGGGACUGCUUGACUGUCAUCCCAAAUCAUGGGCUGAGGCGGAGCAGCAGCAGUGGCUGCUGGGACCACCGGGAUGGCUGGGACAGCAUGACCGGGGCUCAAGAAUCAGAGUGUUUGAGUCCUGAACGAGACAUCUCGUUUAAUGGAGAUGGGCUGACAGAGGACGAGCUCUACCCACCCCCUUCCCACCUGUCCACCGCACCCAGAGCAGGCUUUGAUUUUGGAGGACUGGUGGAGCGUGCCUACAUGGAGCACGAGCCCCCAUCACCAUCUGCCUACGCCUCUCCGUCCUCAGCCUCCUCCUCGCCGCCAUCAGGCGCUCAACUCCAGAGGAGUCCGAGCUUAGGGGAAGCAGCUACACCUUUAAUCCAAGAAAGAUCCCCGAUGGGUGGGACGCAAGCAGCAGGAGACUGGGAAAGCUCUGUCUGGGCCAUGGAGCUCAGAGGGAAUCUGAUAGCUGCUGGGAGGAGCAGUGGCAAACUGGAGCUGUGGGAUGCAGUGGAAGGGUCGCUACGCUGCAGCAAUGAAGACGGUGUUUCUGGGAUCACAGCUCUGGCCUUUCUCAACAACAGAAUUGUGGCAGCUAGGCUGAACGGGUCCUUAGAUUUCUUCACUGUUGAGAUAAACAAACCUCUGGGUCUGCUGCAGUACAGAGGUCCCCCUGGGCGAAGCAGCAUGCCUCAGUCUCCCUGUUACAGCAGUGAGGAUGUGAUCAGCUGCCAGCUCACACGCUCCGUACAGUGUGCUCACCAAAAGCCGAUCACGGUGCUGCGUGCAGCUGCCGGUAGGGUCGUCACUGGCAGCCAAGACCACACAGUCCGGGUUUAUCGACUGGAGGACUCUUGCUGCCUCUUUACCCUGCAAGGUCACUCUGGAGGGAUUACAGCCAUCUACAUAGACCAGACGAUGGUUCUAGCAAGCGGUGGACAGGACGGCGCCAUCUGCUUGUGGGAUGUCCUGACAGGGAGCCGAGUCAGCCAUGUUUACGGUCACUGUGGUGAUGUCACCUCGCUGGUGUGUACAACCUCUUGUGUCAUCAGCUCAGGACUGGAUGACCUCAUCUGUAUCUGGGACCGCAGCACUGGAAUCAAGCUGUACUCAAUACAGCAGGAGGUGGGAUGCGGGGCCAGUCUGGGUGUGAUCUCAGAGUCUCUGCUGGUGACGGGGGGCCAGGGCUGCGUCUCCUUCUGGGACCUGAACUUCGGUGACCUGCUGCAGACAGUGUACCUGGGUCAGAGCAGCGACGGUCAGGGUGUCCGGCAGCUGCUGGUGCUGGACAACGCCGCCAUCGUUUGCGACUUUGGCAGCGAGCUCAGCUUGGUCUACGUUCCCUCCGUGUUGGAGAAACUGGACUGAGAAGAGCUGGCAGCUGAUAUCAGUGGGAACAGUCAAAGCAUCCAGUUUUUGCUUUGUUUCGUUGCUUCUGGCGUUCGGAUGAUGUGCGAUCAUUAGAUACAAGACUAUCUGUUUUAACAGGGAGGUGUUUUAAAGUCUGAAUAUCAUGAGGAAAAACUGGCUGUUGAACCUACUGCGUUUUAUCAGAGCCAUCUUGUUGACGUUACUUAAGGUCACAAGUUUGGUUAAAGUUGGAUUUUUCUCACUUGAAGAGAGCCCGCCAGUUCUGAGUUUGUGCUUUUUGUGCACGCACAUUUGUUUUUGCAGAUCUGCCCUCUAUGCUGCUCACACAGGGCGGGGGGAGGCUUGUGACCCCACCCACCCAGAGAGGAGGACCAUAGAGCUCCUCUUUGUUUUUUGUUUUCUUUCUUUCUUUUUAAUAUUCCUGCUGUGCCGUGCGCUCAACAGCGAAGUGCAGCCACAGAGAGCUCGACAGGUCCAUCGCCUGCGGGGAUGAAUUGAGCAUGUGCGUGUGUGUGUGAGUGUGAGAGAGACAUUGAUUGAAUGAGUUUAGACCCUUUUUAUAGUAAAACUGCUGAGAACAAAAGUUGAUUGGUUAUGUGUGAAGUGUGCGUUUGUGUGAGGGAGAACCAAUGAUUACUGUAUAAAGUAAACCUCCAGAGGGGGCUGUUUUUAUGUCUACAUUUAUUAUUUAUUAGCGAUACUUUUUUUUUAUUUCCCUUUUUGAGUAACAGUUUGUAUAUGAAUGACUAAUCCCAGCUCUUAAAUAAGACCAUAAUAAUGUGGAAAAGGUGACUUAAAUGUAAGAAGGUGUUUAUUUGUUUGGCAGCACUGGGCUUUUGGUUGUUUGUCACAAUGAGGUGGAAACACACGUGUGUUUGUAGAUUUGGAGGCCGCAGGGAGGCAGAAAGGGUUCGUCCUUUACCCCAACCUCGGCCUCUGACUCUGGGGUUACUGAUGCUGUACGAGGGGCUGCUUUUCCCCAGUGUGUUACACCUUCAUCAGGCUACCUCCAUUUUUCAAAUAGCUUGAAUUUUGGAUGACUGAUGUUGCAUUUAUUUUUUUAAAAUACAUUCUGUGCUUUAGAGAUUUUUUUUUUUUUUUUAAAUCACCGUUUAGCCAUAACUUGUUCACCUGAUAUCAUUUUCAAUCCACAAUCUUUAAUUCAAGCCACAAAGGGUGACAAAACCUUGUCUACUACAUAGAUCACGUUAGAUAGACUGUGUGUAUUUUUUUUUAGUUUUUGGUAUGUUGUUGAUGCACACUUAAGUAGAGUUUGUCCUGAAACUUGUUCUAUUCUUUCAGCGACCAGGUGGUAAAAAUGUGAAGGAAGGUAACAGUGAAUGCAUCAUGUCCCUAAUUUUGCAUAAUAGUACAUUUUAAAACAGUUUGCAGUAUUGAUGUUGGAUAUUUCACAUCAGGAAUGGGUUUCAGAUGCAACCUUUUGAAAAUUUGGACCUGACACAUGUGACACACUGUUCAGAUGAUCUUUUCCUGAAAAACGCAGUAUUAUAUCACGCAUUUUAAUGUCUUUUUAAUUGGACUAAAUAGGAAAUUUCAGUAGUAUUUUUCAGUCAGUUUUUCCACUGUUAGUCAUAUGGUUGCUCUCUGUCAGGUAUGAAUGUUUUCACAAACACUUGCUAGACGCCUUAAGAAACCAGACAAAAACAAUGCAUGUCAAUCAUUGUUUUGAGUAGCGUGUAUAAUAUGAAGCUUCUGUCUGAACAUCGAGUUAAGAGCCUGUUGUCUCAAUAUGUAGCUUCAAAGAAGUCUGAGUGGGCAGCAGAACUAUUUUACCUAUCCUGUUAAAAUAUAACUCUGGCUCAUUAACUAGUUUCAGUUAUGUUUAAUCAUAAUAAUCAACUACUAUUACUUUAAAAAAGUCCCUCCAUUUUUCACUUUUAUUCAGCUGAACAGGAAUAGCGGUUUGACAACCAGUGUGUUUAAAAUGCAGUUGAAUUCAGUUUACAUUUGUAGAAGUAGCAGCUUUCCACAUUCGUUUGAUUCCCUGUAGAGUGUUUAAACAAUGACACAUCAUAGACAGUUGAUGGUUAUGGAGAAACCUGAAGGGAAAAGGGGAAAAAAAAAGUUUUUUAGGUCCUUAAAGUCUGAACUUUUGUACUUAUUCUGCACACAGGGUGAAAAUCCUGUCAAUACUGAAACUGUUAAAUUCUUAAACCCGACAAGCCAAGUAUUUAUGAAAGCAAUGCAUUUUUCAACAUUUAACCCCUUCGUUUUUGAGUCUGUGCCUGAACUUCACCUUUUUACUCUGGGUAGAAAGAAUGCAAUCCUGCAGGUUAGAGAUUUUUCUCUGACGCCAACAACAUCCAGAAUGUCCAGAAUGUAUUUUCUCCCAGUCGUCAUCUGUUGUUUCUGUCUGUAUCUACUGAAUGUCGUCUCAGAAAAUCCGUUAAAAGACCUGCACCUGAUCCCUGCGGUCACAACACUAACUCCUUUCAUCUCUAACCCUCUCUGUUGUACAAGCUCACACACAUUUUUAGGCACUUUGUUUUUGCAAUUUCAGCUUGUAUGCAGGAGAGUCGGAUGUAACUGGACUUAAAGUUCACACCUGCAGCGCUGUUAAACGCGCACGUGACAUAUAGACUGCAGCGCUUGUUCCUCUCGGAUGCAGCGACCAGAGUUUCUUUUCCAGAAACAAGCAGAUGAUUAUCGUAUGAUUUUUACAACUGUAGCAUCAGUAUUCACAUUUCAACUUCUGAGACGAAUGGCACCUCCAUCACAGAGGCCAGUAAUGUGAUCUUGCUGCUGUGGCUGUUGAUGUAUUAGCUUUGUGGUUUCUGUUUAGUUGAAAGCUUUAGAAAUGGGGAAUGUUUUGGUUUUUUUAGAUUUCAGUUUCACAUGUGUUUUCUAGAAAUGUGAAUUAAAGCUCAAGUUUGAUAUCUUGGGAAACUGUAUUUGCUUUCUUGCAGAGUUGCAUACUGACGAAUGUACACGGUGACUGUGUUAGCAAGCAGAGUUAACUGGAGUUGCUGUUUUGUGGUUCUGAGAAGUUGGUCUGAAAACUGCAGCACUGAAAUGUCAAGGAGUUACUCUAUAUUCAAAGAAACUGUCAGAGCUAAAACGGCCUAUUUAUUGUGCUAUUCGGUGAUCACAAGGGCUCUAUGAUGAGGACAUUUUAUAGUGUUGUAAAACAGAAAUCCUACAUUUCUAAAACAGGUGAGAAAUUGCCAAGUGUAGUGUUGCAGGCACAGUUCCUCAGAAAUGUGACCCUGAUUCUGUCAUGCUUUAGUUUAUCUGCACAUAAAAAUGAUCAUGGACAGUUUCCUUUAACCGUGUUUUCCAAAAAUCAAAGUCAAAAGGUCGAGAAAUUAUAUAUAAGAAAGAUGAGAACUUGUGCCGUGUUACUCAAACCAAAAAGUUUGCGGCAGCAUCAGUUUCCUCUGCCAGUAAGCGUGUACGCACGUUUUCCAAAAUGUCAAACGAUUCCUUUAAAGUUGAAGGGUGGGAAGGUGGGUUGGUGUGGCGAUUGAGUUGAGUCACUGCUUUUUCUGAAUGUUUCUGUUUAUAAAGAUGAAACUAUGCCUUUAAUUUUACAUUGCUUCAUACCUUUCCAUCUCGUUGCAGCCGUCACGGCACCAUAUCAAGAGUUUGUGGAUGCAGCAGCAACCUUUUUAAUCAUUUAGGUUAAAAUAAUAAAUCUUUAGCUGCAUCCUCACAAUGAAUGGCAGAAAUGUUGUGAGUCUUGUUUGAUCCUCCAGCUGCAAAUACAAAUCAGUGUAACAUUUCUUAUUUUUUGUUUAGACUGCUGUAAAAAGCAUCACAGCACAUAAAUAAAUGUAAUCCCCAGGUGUUUUGCUCCCCACCACCCCCUCCAGCCUCCUCCCCUCAUUGGCUGGCUACAAUCUACGCAGGCUGUAGUAACUUGUUUACUAUUUUGUAACAGCGCAAAACUUUGUACUAAUUUUCAAAUAAAGAGGCUUUGAUACCACAAAG